UUUACGUUCAAAUUAACUUUUUCAAUACUCCAUGGUUGAUUGAUUGAACUAAAUAUUUAUUCAAAAACAUCUACUACAUCCAUCGAUUCAUGAUAAGAAGCAAGGUUUUUUUAAGUUGAAUAUCAGACAAUACCAAGUGUCAUCAUCAUAGACCUGAAGACCAGAUUAAACAGAACAGAAAUUUCUGCAUCUGAAUCUGACCCUGGAAGAAAAUCAAACAAAACAAUGUUCAAUUUCCUGGCAUCUGCAUUGAUGGGGACAGUGUAUUUUCCUCUCUUUUGAGUCUAGCAUCCAGGAAACUGCUCAACUUCAUUCAGGAAGUUGGUAAAGAAAAAGGCUAAGGAAAAGGGACGUCGGUUCAUAGAAUAAUAGUAUUGACUUGGUGGACUGAUUCCUCCCCCUAUAAUAAAAAGUCUCCUGCUUUGCUCAUGGCUAAGACUGUUAUUUUUGUUAUUCCCAGUCUUCCUAUUUUCUAACCAAAGAUCAAAUCAUAGCGGCCAAGAUGAACCAAUUAUUCAGCAGUGGCUCAGAGGUUGCAAAUUUCAUGGUCAGCUCUGGGUUGCUCAAACUUUCAUGGGCGAAAAUCUUGGAUUGUUAUAGAGGAGUCAACCUAAAUGAGCCGCAAAGGGGUUUCUCAUGGAAGGCUUAUCAAGAAGCUAACAUUAACAUCAUUGUUUUUAUCAAAUCUCCUAUUUGUACCGAAUCCCACCUUCAAGAACCAGAAUUGGUUUCAUCCACAGAUCUGAAGAACAGUUUUCCUUUCUUUGAAUUCUUGUGCAGCAAUGGCCACUCCUUCUCUAUUCAUAAAGCAGCGAUUACCCUUUUUGCUGCACAGAUGACUGAGCUCUUGCAACUUAAAGCUCAGUGUGACGGGAGUUCCAAUCCCUUAAUUGUAACUGGACACGGUUUAGGAGGAUCUGUUGCCUCUCUCUUCACCUUAUGGCUGCUAGAAAGCCUGGACGUUUCAACUGCUAAACGCCAACGCCCCCUCUGUGUCACUUUUGGUUCACCACUAGUCGGCGACAAAGGCUUUCAACAAGCCAUAUCCGAACAUCUGGCACGGCAUUCUUGUUUCCUUCAUGUUGCUGCAAGCAAAGACAUCGUUCCAAGACUCUUCAUUACUCCCCAUCCUCUUUACACCACGGGCUUGACUUCACAACCUGAUUAUUAUACGCCUUUUGGUACAUUUCUUUUGUGUUGUGAAAUGGGAUGUACUUGUUCUGAAAACCCUGAAGCGAUUUCAAAACUACUGGUAGCAAUGGGAUUGGCACGUGCUGGGAAUGAGGAACAGUUGAUUGUUGAUUAUGGGAGGGUUGUUGAACAACUGGAGUCUUUGAUAAUCUGCAAAGGAAUCUCACAGCUUAGUGACUUGAUGCCAAAUUCACUUAGGGCAGGGACAAUCUUACAGUUAGAAGCAAUUGGACUCCAAAAAGGACAGAAUCAACAGCUACAAAACAAUGACUUCGACAACUUAAUCAAGAACUUGGAAAAGCUGGAAGAGAGUUGUAUGUUAAGCAAGAGGAAGGCUUUUGACCCUGCCAAGAAAUUAAAUGUUAUAAAAAUAUCAAUGGCCUCACUAGAAUGGUAUAAGAAGGUUUCCAAGGCUAAAGAAAUAGGUUACUAUGAUUGUUAUAAGAACCGAUUCUCUCGACCGGACAAGGACAUUGACAGGCACAAGAAACUUCUCACUAACUACUGGAAAGAUAUUGUUGCACAAACAGAGAAAAACCCUCAGAAAGAACCGGUGUGCUUGCGUAAACGGUGGCUGCUUGCUGGGGCAACCUACAGAAGAAUGAUUGAGCCACUUGAUAUAGCUGAUUACUACAAGACUGGCCAAAAGAACUAUACAACUGUUGGCAGAUCACAUCAUUACAUCAAGUUGGAGAAGUGGCUGGAAGAAGCCGAAAAACAAAAUGGCUUUUCUAUUAGCAAGAAAAAAAAUGUGGAUGUUAUUCUAACAGAUGAUUCUUGCUUUUGGGCACAUGUGGAAGAGGCUCGGAUAUGGUGCAAAUCACUGGAUAAUAAUGCAGAUGCUAGUAUCAGAGAAAGAGAGUUACCAAGACAGAAACUAAUGGAGUUUGAGCAGUAUGCUAUGGAACAAAUCAAGAAGUCUGCAGUAUCUUCAGAAAUUUUCUUGAAAGGCAGCAGCUUUAUGCAAUGGUGGAAAGAGUAUGAGAAGAUUAUCGAACCUGAUCGCAAUUCACCAUUGAUUGACUUCAUGAAAACUUGUAAAUAUCACCAAUAUGCUAGCAGUGGGUGCUUGGUACUCAAUUAAAAUAUAGAUAUAAGGUCUAGUCCGUGCUUAAACCUUAAAGAUCAGGCUAUACAAUUUGUGUAGUCAAAGGUCUAGUGAACCUCUAUAUGAAACCAAAGUGAAAGCACCUUGUAUUUUGCCAAUAGUUGCGUGACCUGUUAGUAUAAUACUAGACUCUUAGUUAUCAUUAUUAAGGUUUGAAUCCUAACAGUCUCAAGUAAAAAAAAAAUACAACACAGAACCUAAAUGUAUUGAUUUUUCAUCAAUUAUUAUGCAAAUGCCAAAAUGCAUUGCCAUGAAUAAUAUGCAAUGAGAUUGAUCCUACUUCUUUGAAGCCAGUUCAGUGUAAUGUUCUAUGAAACACAUCUUCUGGAAUG